AUGCUAAACUGUACACUAGUUGUUUCGAAAUUUCAGAAAAAAGCUGAUUGAUGCAAUAUGUGUAGCAGCUUAGAAAUUCUGAAGAACUUGGCUUGCAAUUCUGCAUGUUGGGCUGAUACAAGAAGUGAAAGAGAAAUGGUCGCCCAAAAGCUGAUAAAAUUGCUGGACCAAAACCUUUUGUUAUUUUUAGAGAAAGGCUUAGAUCAUAAGAUAUGAGCUAUCAAGAAAGAAUAA